UUUUGUACUUGUACGGGAUUGACCGUUGAACUUUACCCGGAAGCUGCACAGAUUGAUCGUGUUUUGUUGUCAAAGUUGUUGCUGCGCAGCUCCGUGCAGGUUUCUUCUCCCAGCGAGAUUUGCGUCCAGAUGGCCGACGGUGAGAUCGUGAACGGCUCUGCUGAUAACCUGGAGGUGGCACCAUCUGGUGAGAAAUCUGGACGUGCCUCGCUGCUGGAUUGUGGGGAAGACUUUACAAUGCUGGAUGAUGUGGAAGACGAUGUAGACGAUGACCUCCCGCCUUUAGAAGACGCAGGUGGAGGAAAGAAGAAAGACAGUGCCACUAAAGACACUACAAAAGCAGAUCAAACUCCUGCUACAGAGCUGGAAGAGUGGCAGGAUAUUUUAGGAAAUGGGCAGCUUAGAAAGAAAGUGGUGGAAGCCGGAGCCGGUCCAGAGAGCAGACCCCAGAGAGGCCAAAAUGUGACAAUUCAUCUUAAAACCACUCUUACUGAUGGAACUGUGGUAGAAGAGCUGCCAAACUUAUCCUUCACACUUGGUGAUGGGGACGUCCUCCAGGCGCUGGAUCUUACUGUACAGCUGAUGGAAAUGGGCGAAAAGGCGUUGAUUGAAGCAGGUGCUAAAUAUGCAUACGGUGCACUUGGCAGCUCUGCUCCUGCGGUUCCUCCUGGUUCUGAUCUCAUCAUGGAGGUGCAGCUGUUGUCUGCAGAUGACGCCCCAGACCUGGAGCUCAUGCCGCCCUCAGAGCGAAUCAGUCUGGCCAACAGAAAGCGAGAGCGAGGGAAUGUCCACUACCAGCGCGCAGACUAUGCCUUCGCCAUCAACUCGUACGGAAUCGCUCUACAGAUAACUGAAGCCACGUUCAGAGUGGACAUCAGUCAACAAGAAGAGGAAGAGCUCUUGGACAUGAAGGUGAAAUGUUUGAAUAACAUGGCUGCUGCUCAACUCAAACUAGACCACUAUGAAGCCGCACUGCGCUCCUGCGUCUCAGUCCUGGAGCACCAGCCGGACAAUGUCAAAGCCCUGUUCCGCAAAGGCAAGGUACUGGCUCUGCAGGGCGAGUUCGCUGAAGCCAUUCAAACACUGAAAAGAGCCUUGAAGUUGGAACCAAGUAAUAAGACCAUUCACGCGGAGCUGUCGAAGCUUGUGAAGAAACACUCUGAGCAGAAAGGAGCCGAACAGGCCAUGUAUAAAAAGAUGUUGGGUAACCCGACGAACGCCGACGUGCAGAAACACCAUGCCAAGUCCUCAUGGAGUCUCAGCUGGAAGUGGCUCUUUGGGGCGACGGCCGUUGCGAUUGGUGGUGUAGCUUUAUCAGUCGUCAUCGCAGCUAGAAACUAACCCAAAUUCACCGUGACGAGAUGGAAGACGUGGUGCUGAAGACCUCGAGUACGCCAAGCCCCCAAACACCUUACCGACCUUCAUAAAAAAUUGUGAUUGAACAUAAAAUGGUUGUAGUUCUGUUGCCCUUCAUCACACUGUAGAGGUUUUAAAUGUACUUUCAAUGUAUGAAAGAUGAGCUGGGGAGGAAUAGAUGUGAGAAAUAUUAAAUAAUUCCGAUUUAUGUACAGAAAACUUCCUAGUUAGAAUUAAUAAAUUUAUUGAUGUACAGAAUGACGCUCUUCGGGCUGCUGGACGCAGUCGUGUUUUGCUGCAGAACUCAACAAUGUGUUUCGUGAUCUUAUUUUGGUGAACUGAAACUUGCUUGUGAACAUUGAAGAAUAUGAUUGUAGGCUUUUUCUUCUGCAGUAUCAACAGGCAUCUUUAGGUUCUGAUGCUAAAGAAAGACAACACUAUUUCAGAAGUGCUUACACUGAUGUGGUACUUUACUGGUUUUUGAGCUUUCUUCUCCUUUGUUGGCUCUAAAAUAUCACUGGAAUCCACUGAUGUCCCUCAAUAAUGUUCCCAGAGUUUCUCAUUUUCAUGACCAAACACUGCAAGGGAGGUCAUACAGACCUACAAGAAUUAUCAGCAUUUAGUUUGAAUUAUUUAUUUAGGAUGAGCAGACAUGUCAGUUUUUUUGUUGUUGUUUUUAAGUUGAUUGUCUCAGUUCCCCAUUUUGAUUAAAAAACUGUUUGUACUAUUGGUAACUUUCAACAUUCCCUUUAAAGUUCUUUUGUAUAUCCUAUAAUAAACUCUAGCACUUUCUGUUCA